CGCGUCUCUCUCUCACACCAAUCUCUCUCCAUCUUUACACCUCAACCAGAUAUCUCUCUUCCCUCUCUCUCACCAUUCUCUCUACAUCUUUACACCUCACUCACAAAUAUCAGUCUCUCCCUCAUCUCUCUCCCAAUCUCUCAAGCACAAACUGCAAAUGUCCAUCUUCUUGAUCUCUCUCCUCAUCCUCAUUCAUCUCUCUCCCUCCUCCCCCGCCGCCUCCGACGACCAAUACCACCUCAAACUCCCCCUCCUCCACAAACCACCAUUCCCUACAAACCCUACCCAAUCUCUCUCCUCUGACCUCCUCCGUCUCUCCACCCUCCACAAAAAAUCCCCACAACUCCCCCUCACCUCCGGCGCAUCCACCGGAAGCGGCCAAUACUUCGUCGACCUCCGCAUAGGCACUCCCCCUCAACGCCUCCUCCUCGUCGCCGACACCGGAAGCGACCUCGUCUGGGUCCAAUGCUCCGCCUGCCGCAACUGCUCGAACCACCCACCAAACACCUCUUUUUUCCCACGUCACUCAUCCACAUUCUCACCUCACCAUUGCUUCGACGCCUCAUGCAAGCUCAUCCCCCACCCUAGACACGUCGCGUGUAACCACACGCGCCGCCAUAGCCCAUGCAGAUACGAGUACUCCUACUCCGACGGAUCGUUAACCUCCGGCUUCUUCAGCCGAGAAACCACCACUUUUAAUACCAGCUCCGGCAAUGUGGUUAAACACAGUAAACUCGCAUUCGGAUGCGGGUUUAACCUAUCCGGGCCAAGCGUUACUGGCCCGAGUUUCAACGGGGCCCACGGCGUAAUCGGGUUAGGCCGUCGGCCCAUCUCCUUACCCUCACAAUUGGGACGAAGAUUCGGAAACAAGUUCUCAUAUUGUCUUAUGGAUUACACUCUUUCCCCACCUCCCACAAGCUUUUUACUAUUCGGUAACAACCUCGCGGUAAAAAAAAGUUACACCCCGUUGGUAAUAAACCCUUUAUCACCCACAUUUUAUUACAUCGGCAUCAAAAGCGUAUUUAUCGAAGGUGUGAAAUUACCAAUCAGCCCUUCUACUUGGGCUAUUGAUAGUUUUGGUAACGGUGGGACCAUAGUCGACUCGGGUACCACACUCACAUUUUUACCCGACCCGGUUUACAGUCGGAUCCUAAAAGUGUUCAAGAAGUUAAUUAAGUUACCUAGUCCAAACGAGACAACUCCUGGUUUCGAUUUAUGUAUAAAUGUGUCAACCGAGUCAAGACCGAGUUUACCAAAAAUGAGUUUUAAACUCGUUGGCAACUCGGUGUUCUCGCCACCUCCGAGUAACUAUUUUAUUGACACCGCGGAGGAUGUGAAAUGCCUGGCUUUGCAGCCGGUUGGGCUGCCAUCCUCGUUUUCGGUUAUCGGAAAUUUAAUGCAACAGGGUUUUUUGUUCGAGUUCGAUUCGGAUCGGCUUCGGCUCGGGUUUUCGAGACGAGGGUGUGCAGGGCCAUGAGUCACGUUACGUUAAUUAAUUCUUUCGGUUUAAUGUUCACAAUUUUUGUUUCGAUACUGUUGUUAUAUUUUUAUAGGUUUGUAACAUUUGUUUGAAUCGAGUGAAAAUGGGGAGGAUAUGAUUAUUUAUUAUGUAUGUAUGGAGUAAAAUACAAAGGAACGAGGACAGUUUGGUAAUGA